UGAAUCGACCAUAAGAACCUUGUUAUCUGAGAGUUCAUAACGCUAUUAUUUAUUUAAAAUAAUUUAUUUGUAAGGAGAAACGAUCAAAUCUGCUUGAUUAUUAUUACCCGAUUCUUCGUAACAUAACCGGGUGAAUGUGAAUUUUGGCAAUCACCGCGCGGCAAGGUGGAUGUCACUUUCUUGAUAACCGGUAAAGUGGGUGGGAGUCGGUAUAAAGAGAGGAUAUAUCCUGCGGCGAUGGUCAGUGAGUUCUCAGUGAGAGUGCCGUGAUCAUUUCGCCGUUCUACCGUGAAAGUCAAAUAUGAAGGUGACGGAACUCUUGAUAGUGACGUGUUGCUCGAUAAUCGCCGCACGAUCGGAUACCGAUGAGGAGUUACUGAAGAGGGCGUCGGAACAGCUCGAGCGAUUGGCGCCGUAUCGAAGAAGGGCCGAUCAAGAGGCGCUCGAUCUCGCGAACCUGCUGGAUGCGUGGAGGCCGCCGAUGAAUGAAGACGAUUCAAAGGAGAGGAAGCUCGACCAGGCUGCGCCGUGGGAGAUUCUCGAGAUUCUGCCCGAGCAAACGGACGACGCGGCGAAGCGGACAGACGACAAGAAGCAAAUAAUGAUCGCCGACUUAAUCGCCGAUCCCAAGUACGCCACGAUGAUGCAGGAGAGAAUAAAGCGCGGUUUCGACGCCGGCUCCGCCAGUCUCAUCACCAGCAUAGCGGGCGGCGUGCUCAGCGGUGUCGCGAGCGCGUCGAGCGGUUCCGCGGCGAAAGCGUCCGCGGGCAGCAGUCAACACGAUUACGGCCAACCGGCUUACGGCCCACCUCCGGCCUAUUCGUACGACGAGAAGCCCUUCGGUGCUUGGGACUUCAAGAAGACGAUUUUUAGCACAGUGUUUCAAGCUCUCAAGGCGAUAAGCGGCGGCGUGCUGGCUCUGAAAGGACAGCUGGUCAAAGGCGGUGGUUAUUUGCUCGCGGCGAAGGGCAAAGUUAUCAGUAAAACAGGGGACGUGAUCACGUCCUUUGGUAAACAUCUGACGAGUAGUGUGUCAACCUAUCCAGCGUCCUAUCCGCCGGAUACUUACACGUACGAGCAACAUCCGCCGGCUCAAGACUUAGGACACGAUCCUAAUUAUCAAGGACCACCGCCGGGGCCUGAUGGAUAUUCCGAAGCGAACGAUUAUCCUCCGCACUCGGCGUAUAGCGUGCCAUCAGAUGACAACAAUCAGGGCGGCUUGCUGAUCGUGGCGCCGACGAAAUCUGACCCGGAGAGCGACCAGCACGCGAACGUAGCGGAGGCGAAGCCGGACCUCACGAAGUUAGAGGAGAGCUUCGGCGGCCCGACGAUCAAAGACUUCUUGAUCAACGUGCCGAACGGCAGCGGCGGCCAAGCCAUCGGCGACCAAGACGAUAACAACGUGAACGCUCCCAUCGCGCAUCCAGCACCGACCUAUGGAGCGGCCGAACAUUAUUCCUCGCAUCACGACAAGCCGGUGCACGACAGUUACCCUGUAGUCGAUCAAGAGAACGUUUACCAUCAUCACCCAGCAGCGGCGCCACCGUCGCAUCAUUUCCCGAACCGUCUGCCUAUACAGCAGAGCCUGGAGUACCCACCGCUGCAUCUGUCAGAACUCGAUUACCCACACGGUGGUGGUCUGCACGGAGCCCUGCCGCCCGAGUUACCGCUCCAUGACGGCACGUCGGUGUACGCGAGUCUCACCGUGGACACCGAGCCGCACUUGCCCCUGCUGGGCUUGCCCAAACUACAACCGCACGUGGAUUUUCACGGGCAGCCGCAGUUCGCGAAUCUUCACAACAGUUUGGACGGUCCGCUGAGGAUACCCCUCUUAAACCCGUUGCCGGACUAUUGGCAGAGUCCAAGCUCGCUCGGCACGCUAAACUCCUUUCGUAAGAGGAACGUCCCGCAGAGGCGGAUGUUCGCCCGCAGACAUGCGCGUUACUCGUCGUCGACGAGGCCCCAUCGGCUGUAACGUCGAAGCAGUAAUCUACGCGUUCGCGUACUAUCCACACUCGAGCAAGUACAAGUACAGAUUGCCGUAUCCUUAUUACGGACGGUAAGGACUUCU